UCACCCAACAGCUGACGAUGACGAGCAGCGCCGCUUCCUGGUUGCGAUCCACAGCGGGACCCAUGUGUGACACCACCGACACGGAGAGACCGGGGCGCUAGGGGCGUGACAUCAGGGGCGUGCCCCGCGGCGGCGGCUCCUUGCCCGGCACUCGGCUUCGCCCCUCCAGCGUGCCGGACAGCCCAGCCCCAGCCCCAGCCCCGAGCAUGGAGACGGGCCCCCUCCUCGCCCUGCCGCACGAUAAAGCAGAGCUCCUGCCUGAGCUGCAGAGAGGGGCCCCCACGCUGGAUUUCUGCCUAGAGCAGGGCCCCCGGCUGGCCAGAGCCCAGGAUGAUCUGUCUCUCAACAGGGAGGGCGCACCCCAAGUGCUCAGCGAGCCUGCCAUCUCCAACCAGCACAACUCAGAGGAGAUCGUCACCUACAUCUCGGAGAGCAUGACGGUGACCUCGGCUGACGAGGAGAAGCUGCUGCUGCUCAACAAGAACACAGAGCUGCGGCGCAUCAACAAGGAGCUCAUGAAGCUAAAUCAGGAGUGGGACCAAAUUUACCACACCACUACCCUGGGGCUGCAGCAGAAGAUGGGGGCCCUGCAGGAGGAGGUGGUCAUCCUCAAGCAGCAGACGGAGAGGCUCUCCAUGAAGCUUGAGCAUGAACAGAACAAGAGGGAGUACUACGAACAAACCCUCAUCCAGGAGCUCAAGAAGAACCAGCAUUUACAGGAGUACGUGAGGCAGCUAGAAGGCAGACAGCACCACGGCAGGGAGAAGAGGACCUCGGCUGGCUCCGAGGUAUUGGCAUCUGUGCCCUGGGAGGAAUUUGUAGAUGCUCAGUUCCUGCUUCCCAGGAAGAGCUUGAAGGAGAAUUCAUCCAAAAAGCAUGAAGAGGCCAGUCAGAAAGUGCAAGGGGGUGAGACCUACAAGCCCAGGAAGUGCAAGCACUUGGUCCACGUGAAUAAUAGCUCGGAUCCUGUGAAAGAGGUGACUGACUUGAAGGACCAGCUGGAGGCCUUGAAAUGCCAGACAGAAAUUUAUGAGGCGGAUUACAGGACAGAACACAAAGACCGGGAGCGAAUCAAAGCAGAGAACGAGAAGCUACGGAAGAAGGAGGAGGAGAUGAGGCAGCAGAUGGUACUUCUGAGAGAGCAGCUUAAGAUCUUUGAGGAUGACUUCAGGAAGGAGCGGUCGGACAAGCAGCUGCUUCAGCGCCUCCUGAAGAGCAAGGCCAGCCCCAAGGAGCCCAUCCUGGUUCAUCGCUGCAACAGCCAGGAGAGGCCAGUGGUACCCGCCUCGCCUGCGCACUCCACUGCCACCACAUCCAAGAGAGGCAACUGCAGCAAGCACUGUGAGAAGCACAGCCCCAAGCAGGGGGAGUGUGCCAAACACCAUUCGCGGGAUGCUGAGGCACAGGCAUCCCCAUUUAGCAGAGACUACUAGGAAGGAGAGUCAUGGAUCUUCCAGGUAGCACUUCUUAAGCUAACACACACGGUCUCUCCAGCAGUCACCUGCUGCUGGGUGCAUGUCUCCAGCCACAGGAACCAGCACUGCUCUCCUGCAGAGGCCAUCAGGACAUUCUUUCAACACCGUAGAUGCUUUCAGCAGCCACACCUUCCAUUGGUUAUAGCUCAGACCAAUCAGGGCUUGAGGUUUUGGCAGCCCCGUAGAGCAGAAGCCCAAGUUAAUUUACUUGCUUCCUCCCUAUUUUUCUCCAAGCUACUGAAAUAAGAAUGGAAGGUUUGUGCCUGGAUUGGAGCUCAUCUCUUAGAGCCAUCCAAGCACCUUCACCUUGUUCUGGGGCAUCACCAGCUUAAAUCCACCUUGCAAGUAAUUCUGGGGCAGGGAACGCUUGAUAAGAAGCACGUACGUUGCCCCCCACAUCAAGAGUGUCGAUAACAAAAGGCCCUUGGACAUUGUGGGGUGAUGCUAGUGUCUGGAAAGGGCUCAUCUCCCCGCCCUUGAGUCCUUAGCUGUAAGUCAUCCUAUAUUCUAGCAAUGCCUCCCAGUGCAGCUGCUGCUCCAACAAAGGGAUUUCAGCAGCUCCCCACUCCAGCCUCAAACUCAGCCAGCGAGGACUGGGGACAAUUGUUACCUUUAUUUAUUUUAACCAAUCUCCUAGAUCCCACAGAGUUGGUACUUUAUACAAGUGAUUAAAAAUAAAAUAAAUACAAAUGCCCUUGUUUCUUCUGCUUUCUAUGUACUUAUAAGACUCAAGAGCAA